AGAUGAGAGGAUGAAGGGGGGGAAUCCUUUCACUUUACGAACAACAAAAAACUGCUGGCAGCCUCUCUAGCUCUUGUAUGAGCCCUGGAUCUACCAUGAGUUAGAGAGCAUCAAAAAACAAGUUCCACCCCUGCAUCCCCACCUUCUGGAGCCCAGAGUUUGAAGCCUGUUGCAUCACUUGCCCUACUUCAUGAGCCAGCAGGAUGCAGCCGAGGUCCUCGCACUCUCCGAGCGCCUCCUCAUAGCCUCACACAAGGGACAAGCGGACAAUGUGGUCCAGCUUAUCAACAAAGGUGCCAAAGUCGCUGUAACCAAGUAUGGCCGGAGCCCCCUGCACCUGGCUGCCUACAAAGGCCACCUGGAGGUUGUACGCAUUCUGCUGAGAGCCGGCUGCGACCUGGACAUUCAGGACGAUUGGGACCCGCUUGACUGUCCACUUGUGGGCCUGCCUUCAGGAUACGCGGCCCUCUGUCCCAGUCAUAAUGCUGAUCUCUGGUAUGGCCGAGUUGACUCUCUAUGGUCAGUGAGCUCUGCCACAGGCUGCAGUGCGCCCUCUGGGAGCAGGAGGUGCAGACUAAAGCAGGAGGGGAAGCAGAAGGAGGAGGAGGAGGAGGAGGCAGGACGACAGUGGACACAGUCUGGGAUAGAGCCAUCAGAAAGAGGGAAGGAGGGGGAGCAGACGGCUCUACACCGGGCCGCCGUGGUGGGAAACAGCGAUGUUAUCAGCGCUCUCAUCCAGGAAGGGUGUGCUCUGGACAGACAGGACAAGGAUGGAAACACUGCUCUCCACGAGGUGUCCUGGCAUGGCUUCAGUCAGUCUGUCAAACUGUUGGUGAAGGCUGGAGCCAACGUCCAUGCCAAAAACAAGGCAGGAAACAUCGCUCUCCACCUUGCAUGUCAGAAUGGACAUGCUCAGAGCGCCAAGGUUCUCCUCCUGGGAGGUUCCAGGCCAGACAGCAAGAACCAUGUGGGGGACAGCCCUCUACACGUGGCCGCGGCCUUAAAUCAUAAGAAGACAGUUCGUCUUCUGCUGGAGGCCGGAGUCGACAGUCGAAUCUGCAACAAUGCGGGCCUCACGGCGUUGGACCUGGCCCGAGAGCACAACAACCCCGAGGACAGUGGUGCGGACGAUAGUCAGAGCAGUGGACAGGCUGCCGGCCGGCCUGCUGGGGCCGUGGACACCAACACCCGGAAGCAGAAGGAAAAGCCCUCCCUGUCCGACCCUCUGCACAGCAGAGAGUUCAAGCAAAGAGAAGCUCUUCGGAAGAGGAAGGGGAAGCUGCACGGAGCCCCCCCUCAUGUUCCCCCACACAACUAUAAAGCCUAUCAGCUCUACACGCUGUACCGAGGCCAGGACGGAAAGAUCAUGCAGGCUCCUCUGAAAGGCUGCCGGUGUGAACCUCUCAUCAAUAAACUGGAAAACCAGUUAGAGGCCACUAAGGAGGAGAUGAAGACCGAGAUCCACACCGUCCAAGACCUGAUGAACAACAAGAUCGGCCAGCUGGAUCAUAAGAACAAGCACCAGAUCCGAGCGCUGGAUAAGAUGACGGUGGAGAGGGUGUCUGCGGAGAGGAGCCAGUGUGUGCAGAGGCUGGAGCAGUGGGCCCUGCAGGAGCGCCUGGAGGCAGAGAAGAGACAGGAGUCUCUAGUCAGUGAGCUGAAGAGCUGGUGUCUGUCCAAACUGCAGAGCAUGGAGGCCGCCCCCCCCCCCUCUGGAGCUGAGCCCACCCAGGACCAGGGCUGCAGCCCCCAGUGUCAGGAGGUCUGCAGUGAGCCAGCCCCCCAGGGGUCCGGCCAGGGGGAGCCCCCCUCUGGGGGGGCUGCAACAGCCAGCCACUACUUUGUGGUUCACAUGGCAAACUCUCCAGAUGGAGAAAAGCCCCCCAAAGCCCCAGCAGCAGCCAGGAGCAGCCCCUCCUCUGUCCAGGUGGUCCGGCCAAAGGUGCGCCCGGGCCUCUCCGCAGACACACAGAAGACAGACCAGAGCCGGGACAGGGGACGGCACUCCAGGAGGCAUUCAAAGACCAGGACUAAAGCCAAGAGGGCGGGGGGGCUGCGGACGCUGGAGGUGUUUGGGGAGCAGCUCAGCGGGCCCUCCUUCUCCCAGGAGAGGGACAACAUGCACGCCCUGGAGGUGACGCAGCACUUCUUCGAGGCCGUGUCCACCCAGAUGGAGCGCUGGUACGAGAGGAAGGUGCAGGAGGCCCGCUGGCAGGCUGACCAGAGGGCGCAGGCCGAGAGGACCGCCCUGGUGGAGAGAAUAGCCUGUUUGGAGGAUGAGCUGCAGGAGCUGAGGACUCACCGGCAGAAUGACCGCUAG